GUCUUCCGGUUCCGGCAGGCGGCGGCGUGAGGGGGCCGAGGCGGCGGCGGCGGCAGCGGGGUCAGGAUGGGGCUGAGCGCGGAGGAGGCGGCGGAACAGGAGGAUCGCUUCGACGGCAUGCUCCUGGCCAUGGCCCAGCAGCACCAGGGCGGCGUGCGCGAGCUGGUGAACACGUUCUUUAGUUUCCUGAGGCGUAAAACAGAUUUCUUCACUGGUGGAGAAGAUGGCGUAGCAGAGAAGCUGAUCACAGACACCUUCAACCAUCACAACAAACUAGCUCAGAAGGAGCGGAAGGAGAAGAAGGCUCGUCAGGAGGCAGAGCGGCGAGAAAAGGCAGAGCGAGCUGCGAAACUCGCUAAAGAAGCAAAGCAGGAAGCGAACGAGCCGAGGAUUAAGGAACUUACGGACGAGGAAGCAGAAAGGCUGCAGCUGGAAAUCGACCAGAAAAAGGAAGCACAGAAGGAGGUUAACAGUGUCCCAGUGAAAUCCUCAGAAGAUGAAGGUGAAUCUUCAGAUUCGAACAAACAGGAAACAGAUGAAGAAGAGGAAGAUGAGAAGGAUAAAGGAAAACUUAAACCCAACUCUGGCAAUGGAGCUGACCUUCCAAACUACAGAUGGACACAGACGCUUUCAGAGCUGGAUCUGGCCAUCCCUUUCAAGGUGAAUUUCCGGCUGAAGGGGAAGGACGUGGUGGUGGAUAUCCAGAGACGGCACCUCAAGGUCGGCCUGAAGGGCCACCCGCCUGUUAUCGAUGGAGACCUUUUCAAUGAAGUGAAGGUGGAGGAGAGCUCCUGGCUGAUUGAAGAUGGUAAAACAGUCACCGUGCACCUGGAGAAGAUCAACAAGAUGGAAUGGUGGAACAAACUAGUCUCCACGGACCCAGAAAUCAACACCAAGAAAAUUAAUCCAGAGAACUCAAAAUUGUCAGACCUGGACAGCGAGACUCGCAGCAUGGUGGAGAAAAUGAUGUAUGAUCAACGACAGAAAUCCAUGGGCCUCCCCACGUCUGACGAACAGAAGAAGCAGGACAUUUUGAAAAAGUUCAUGGAACAGCAUCCAGAAAUGGACUUUUCAAAGGCUAAAUUCAACUGAGUCCUCCUCUUUUCCUCCCCUCCCUCAGUCAGCCCAUCGAACGGGGCAGGAUUUGUGUUGCCGGAUAUGUAGGGAUCCCUUACCUUGGGCAAGUAAGCACUUCCAGCAUCCCCACCUGAGCUUGCUGUGGAGGCAGCUCCGUGAAGUCAUCCUCAGUUGUCCCGUGUCAAGCAGAACACAAGGCCACAGAACCAGCCUGCAGCAGUUCCAGUCAGAGCCAUCUGCGACGCUUCCUAAACAGCAGUUAGCGGAGAAGGAGGGGCUAGAGCAAAAAGAGCAUUAGGGCUACAAGAGCCAGACUUGAGAGGCUUUGGGACAUACCCUUAAUGUAUUGCUUAGCUUAAUCUCCUGGCUCUUCAGCGUUAGUAAUCCACGCUUCGCCGUAUCAGUUCUGGCAGCAGGUUCUCCUGAGUUUUUACUCCCUCCCCUUCUGGCAUUCUUGCCCUCUUGUGAAAACAAGGGCCGGUUUAGUUUUGGAAAUAAUUCCUGUUCUGCCUCUCUGGGCCUGGGAAAGGAAAACAGUAGCAUAAGAAGCAGCCAUUGCAGCUCCUCCUCAUGCCCAUAACUCAUCAUUUUCAGGUCUGGAAACUGAUUGGAGAAAGGGUGAAAACUGGUUCCCUUCUCCUCACCUGUAACGGGCUCAAGGGUAAAUCACAUCUGAGCAGAGGGUUUGGUGGCUGAGCUGCACUUGGUGCCUUCCACCCUUGCUGCUGCUUCUGUUCUUGCCAGAGGUGGAACAGUCCGGACCCCAUGGGGCUCAAGGGAGGGCUCCCAUCCCAGCUGGAGAGGAUGACCUGCUGCCCUGGGGGUAAGGAAGGCUAGGAAAUCUGGGGGUGCGGGCAGGGAGAGGGCGUGGGGGGGUCUUUGGGGUGCUGUUCUUACUGACAAUGCAUCUCCCGGCCCGUUUCCAAGCGCCUCUCUCCCUGCUGACCACUGACAGGCAUUGCUGCGUUCUCUUCUGAGCUCCUGCUGACAAGUGGCAUUACUCUGCAUGUUCGUAUCUUCGUUAAAACUGCGGUGCAACAUAAAGACAAAAAAAGUGGCAUAUU